AUGGAUGAAAGCAAUAGUUCCAUUUGUAAGGAUUGUGAAGGUGUUGAGGAGUUGCGUAAAGACGUGGAGCAUUUGAGGCAACACCUUGCUGACCGAGAUGCUCAUUUUAUAGCUCUUGAGACUGAGUACUUCAAGUGCAAUACAAGGGCCACAGAUCUAGAAGAACAAGUUAACACAUGGAGGGAAAAAUAUGAAAGGUUAUAUGAUUCCCACAAAAGAGUACAAAAGUUAAAUCAAGUUUUAGAAGACAAAUUGUUGCAACUGGUGGACAAAAUGAAGAGUGAAAAGAGUCAAUUGACAAAAGACAUUGCUACAUUGUCUGUAAGACUUGCUGAGUCUAAACAUAACUAUAGUAUGCUGCAAAAGGAAAAUGAGAGAUACAAAAAUGACAUGAAUCUUGCUAUCCAAUUGUUGCAAUGCAAGCCUGACAAUUUUGUUUCGCAGAAGCUAGAUAAUCUUCCCGUAGACACACAAGCCAGAGUGUCCCAAUAUGUGAUGUCUAAAGCACCAAAAACCGGCAGCUCAUCGGCGUCAAAGACUGGGAAUGAAUUAGAAACAUUUGAUGCUAGCGAAUACGAAUUUAAUAUAUCAGCUUCACUAAUGUCUAAGAUACUGGAGGACAGCAUUCAAGAUACAGUCACAAAGCACUGUGAUACUUGCACCUGUUCUAAAUCACAAAAUAAGCCUUUCUGUUACAAUGAAAGCUACUACAGUAUCUCCACACAAACUCAGCUUAGUGGCGAAAUGAAAAAUUCUCUCUGCCUUAAUUGUAAUGCAGAAAUCAAGUCUCCUAACUCAGGGCUUAGUGUAAGAAGUAUUUCUCCACAUGGUAUUAGCAUUAUCAAUGAAAAAUUUAAUAGUGGUUGCCCCACACCUAUAAUCACAGUUCGACAGUCAAUAAAAGAAAAAGAAAUCCAUGUGCCAUCAAUUGAAGCUAUAAAAGGAAAUAUAAGUGAAUUCAAAGAAGAAGAAAAACCAAAAUUAGAAGUGCUACCAAAAGACGCAGUACCUAAAAUUGAAGACUUAAGAAAAGACACAGUGAAUGUUGAGCCUACUGUACAUCAUAAAUUAUGUGAUAGAACCAAGACUUCUAUUUCCAGUAACAAAGGCAGUAUUCAUAGUGCCAAUGAAGAUUUUCUUAUAAAGGAUAUUCAUAGUUCUAAAGAUAAGAUAAAAAGCCCUAGUCCACUUAUUGAAGGUAGCAUUAUGAGGAAGAACUCUCAGAGUUCAAUGGGGAAUGGAAGCCGAACUUCAUCUGUAGCAAAAUCGACAGUCAGUACCCAUAAAUCAACUAACCAAGUCGGCCCUGGGCCUAGAUUUUGCCAUUUGCGAAUGCAAGCGGGAUCAAAAAAUAUUUUGUUAGACAACGCUGAGCCAGAUGUUCCUCCUGUUCUAUACAGACGUCAGAGUAGAAAUGAAAAUUCAAUAUUCAAGGACCUCCACGAUGGAAUGGACAAUUUCAUAGAUUUAGAGAAGACGGAUGAAGUAACGACAACAAAUAAAAAUGACGCCGUCGUUGUUGAAACAACACUAAUAGAUGUACACGUUGACAACAAUACUAAGGAUUCUAAUUCUAGUAACAAAAGUAAUUCAAUCAAUCCAAUUUUACUGAAUGUUGUAUCUUCCGCUCCACUUCAGCCUUUAAAAACACACAACUUUGCUUCUAAUGAACUCAUCAACAAUAAUGAGCCAAGUAUUACUAGUCAACAAAAUGCUUGUGAAGUUGAUAAUUUAUUGAGUAAUUUUAACGUUGAAAAUUCUAAUUCUCCUAAAGACGCUGACGUUAUCAACAAUGAUCAGGAUGCCAAAGAUCAAGAUGUGAUCGCACCAACUGACAAUCAUGAAGUUAAAAUAUUUAACUUCGAUCGAUACGAACAAAAGGUCGCCAGUCAAUACAACCGACCUAUAAAGAAGAUUGACAUGUCGCAGCUACAUUCUCUCGAAAACACAAAGAUCUCCAAAGACCUUCCGCCUCAAGGUUUAUUGGCGAAUCACGACAGUAAACUUGACCAGUCCUUCAAGCCCACUACCAAUAUUGUUAACGUAUACCCAAAUUUAACACAGACCCAUUUGAAAGUGAACGAAACGACAAAAAUGUUUACAAACGAGCAAAGCAAUAGUUCGCUGUCGAGCGACGACAGCGCUGCGAUCUUGCAAAAACAGCAAUUGUUGCGUGUCGCCGAAUGGGUCGAGAAGAAUCUAGAGCAGCAGAACAAUCUCAACGAUCCAUUAGAAGACGAGUGUUUCGCCAACCGUGCUCUAAGAAGAGAUAGUAAAAUUAACAGGCUGACGGAAACGCUGAACGAGCUGGCUCUAAACAUGCCGCAUCCCGUGAGCAAGUAUUCGAAAUCGUACCGCGAAGCUCGUAAUUGGAUCCACAAUAUCGCAGCUCAUGCCAGCCAAGAGAAAGCAGCCAAGCAUUCCGCAAAUGCAAAAUUAGUUAAUAAUGUCGUUAAGGAAACUAUUUUUCCCGUGGAGAGCGGCGAAGCUACCGUCACUGAGAUAAAUGACGUCCAAUCACCAAGCAGCAGCGAGUUUGAUGCAAAUAAAGAGUUGAGGGAAGUUCUUAAAAGUAAAGACAAGGACAUAUCGCCUGAAGACUUGGCGCGGAUGGAGUACAAUGUGAAGAAAUUUUUACUGAGCGGGCCAUACUGGGUGAAUCCGGGGUCCGGUCGGAGUAGACGCACGAGCAGCAAAACUGAGACUGAUGUAUAA